AUCAUUGAGCUCAGAGUGUGUGUGUGUGUGUGUGUGUGUGUAUGUGUGUGUGUUUGCAUCAGGGCUGAGAGGAGACUUGUUGCAGGACCUCCUCCUCCUCCUCUGCUGAUCAGCCAUUGUGGACGACGGAAAGGGGGCAAGGACUUCGUCACAUGCCCGCUGGCUGGGGUCUCAGUCCUCUGCAUGAAGGAAUUAUUUAUUGCAUUAACAUUAUUGUAGGGGACAAUAGUCUCGAACUCAAAAAAAAAAAAAACCUCACUUUGAUCGGUCGGGAAUGGAUUAAGAUCAUUUCAAUUCAUGGAAAAUUAUUAAUGGACUUGGACUCGCUCAGGCUCCGAGCUGUUUUGUGAACUUUGGACCAGUUUUGCAGAGCGGGGCUUCUUCUAAACAGCGCGCCGGCUCCGAAAAUGGGGAGCUGAGGUUCGGAGAGGGACAAAGAGGAACAUACGGCACUUUUCUGGUUGUGUAGCCGAGGCAGAGGCAGCGGCCCUGGGCUUUUUUUUCCGCCUCAUCUCCGCAGCUGCUCGGCAGAGAUGGCAUCCCGGCAGAGGCGCUCCUGUCCGGGAGCCCGCACGCACUCCGCCGUCCUGAUCUCUGUCCUGUCCGCGUCCUUCAUCCUGCUCCUGUGCGCAUCCGCCGCCGCCGCCGCCGGGGAGGAGGAGGACGGCUUCAGCGCUGAGGCCUGGCUCCGUCAGUUCGGGUACCUGUCCCAGGCCAGCCGGCAGAUGUCCACCAUGCAGUCGGCUCAGAUCCUGACCCGAGCCAUCAGCGACAUGCAGCGCUUCUACGGCCUGGAGGUCACCGGCGAGAUGGACGCCGCCACCGUCAGGGCCAUGCGUCGGCCUCGCUGUGGCCUCCCUGACAAAAAACCAGAGGAGCCGGGCGACGGAGCCAGAAAGAGGCGCUACGCCCUCACGGGACAGCAGUGGGACAAGGACCACAUCACCUACAGCAUCAUGACGCAGCUCGUGCCGUCCUCCCUGGGCGAGGAGCGGACGCGGGACGCCAUCCGCCGGGCCUUCGGCGCCUGGAGCCGCGUCACGCCGCUCACCUUCCAGGAGCUCCCGGCCGAGAACGGCAACAGCAGCCGGACGCCGCUCGCCGACAUCCUGCUGCUGUUCGCCUCGGGUUUCCACGGCGACAUGUCGCUGUUCGACGGCGAGGGCGGCUCCCUGGCCCACGCCUACUACCCCGGGCCGGGGAUGGGCGGGGACACGCACUUUGACGCGGACGAGCCGUGGACGCUGGACAACCGGGACCAGGCAGGUAUCGAUCUGUUCCUGGUGGCUGUCCACGAGCUCGGCCACGCCCUGGGCCUGGAGCAUUCAGAAAACCCCGCCGCCAUCAUGGCUCCCUUCUACCAGUGGAUCCACACACACAACUUCACGCUGCACGAGGACGACGUGCAGGGGAUUCAGUACAUCUACGGUCCGCCUCUCCUCACCGAAGCCCCGCCCACCUCCGCUCCUCAGCCCGUCCCGGACGACGAGCCCGACGAUGAACCCCCCACCUCCCCCUCGCCGCCUGAAACCGAGCCCACGCUCCCGUCCUCCACCGAGCCCCCCCCCGAGCCUCCGAGCCCCACCGACGCCGACCCGGACCCCCCGGCGCCGCCCGAGCCCAGCCCCGACUCCACGCUUCCCCCGUCCACACUCCCCCCAAGCCCCGCCCCCACCUCCGCCCAACCGGAACCCGCCACCCCGUCGGUGAGAGAGGACGCCCCCCUGCCGCCGCCGCCGCCUCCCCCCCGCCCUCCCAAGAAGCCGGACCACCAGGCGCCCGACAUCUGCGACGGGGACUUCGACACGGUGACCAUGCUGAGGGGCGAGAUGUUCGUGUUCAAGGGGCGCUGGUUCUGGCGGGUGCGGAGGAACCGGGUCCUGGACAACUAUCCCAUGCCCAUAUCCGUCUUCUGGAUCGGCCUGCCCAGCGACAUCGACGCGGCCUACGAACGCCACGACGGCAAAUUUGUCUUCUUCAAAGAUGACAGGUACUGGGUGUUCAGAGAGGCCGACGUGCUGCCCGGUUACCCUCAGCCGCUCCACGAGUACGGCCAGGGCGUUCCUCCGGCCGGGAUCGACACGGCGGUGUGGUGGGAGCCCAACGGAUACACAUACUUCUUCCAAGGAGACAGGUACUGGCGGUACAGCGAGGAGACUCGAACCACCGACCCCGACUUCCCCAAGCCGAUCAGCAGAUGGGGACGAAUCCCAGCCUCGCCCAAAGGAGCCUUCCUCAGCGAUGACGCCGCGUACACCUACUUCUACAAAGGCAGCAACUACUGGAGGUUUGACAACCGCAGGACGACGGCGGACAAAGGCUACCCGCGCUCCAUCCUGAAGGACUUCAUGGGCUGCGUGGGCGUCCCGGACCCCGAGCCGGACGCCGACCCCGACGCCGACCCCGACAGGAAGACGCCCUCGAGAGACAAACCGGUCGUCCCGUCAGACAGAGGCCGAGACGAGCACCGAGAGCCGGGCGGAGGCGGGGCGGACGCCGAGAAAGAAGAGCGGGACUACAACCCGGACGGCACCGGCCAGGAGGAGGACGGCGGCGAGAAGGAGGUGAACGUGGUGGUGACGGUGGCCGACAACGAGUCCAAGGUCAUGACCCUGAUCAUGGUGACCGUGCCGCUGGUGCUCAUCCUGUGCAUCCUCGUCCUCAUCUACGCCAUCCUCAGGACGCUGCAGAAGAAGGAGACGCCGCGGGUCUUGGUGCACUGCAAACGCUCGCUGCAGGACUGGGUGUGACGCGCGGAGGCUCCGAGCGGCGGGGGGGGGGGAGAGGGGGCGCGCUCCUGGGCCAAUCGCCGUCCUCCGGGGAUCGUUUUUGUCCGGCACAGCGGGCUGGCAUCGACGUUUUAAAAAAUGAAUGUCGUGGUGGAAGUGAGCAUCGAUGAAACGCGCGAGACUCAGAAAGCCAUCGCAGGUUCAUCGCAGCAAAGGCCCCGUUUUUUUUUUUACCAAACAAGAUAAAAACAGCCCUGCUCAUUUCCAUCACGACAUUAUAAAAACGCUGUAAGCCACUCUGUGUGUGUGUGUUUGUGUGUGUGUGUGUGUGUGUGUGUGUGCUGCUAACGCCGGAUUCAGACAGACAGCGGCUUCGCUCGGUGACGUGCAGCACGACAAACCACAUAACUUAGAUGCACAGUUCAGGCUUGCUGGGGCCCACAAUCCUCUUCCAGAUAUUUCAUGACUUGGACCAAUAGAUUUCCAAUGGAUUUGUUCCAUAGGGUUUAAAAAAAAAAAAUUAAGAAUAUAAAGUCUGUGGCAAACAAACGGUCAUGAUGCUUCUUCAUCUCCACAAAUAAAGUUGAAAAACUCUUGCACCUGCACCUUCAUGUAGACGCAGCCACACAGCAGAGCACGUUAAAGGCAUUACGGUCUGUAAACACAAAUCCUCCCUGGCUAAGCUAACCGCUGGCAGCUUGCAUUUCCUAGGAUGGCGACGGAAUGAAACGCCGGCCCAAAAAUGUAAAGCAUUCCGCCUUUGCCAUCCUAAGGAAAAAACAAACUUCGUCCACUUGGCUUUUCGCCUCAUUUUAUUGCCCUGUUUCCACGUCUGGGAUUUUCGCAGCUUCUUAUUGGAUGCGGUGCUAUCGAUCACUGUGAUUGGCUGAGAG